CGGUAUUAGUUUCAAGUUUUAUUUAUUUAUUUAUUUUUGUCAAUGAAGAAAAAACUCGCGCGCCACACAAUUAUUGGGGCCCGGUGCCGUCGCGGUGUGCGCUUAAAUGAGUUCGUUUAGAUUCGCUUCUUUAAGUUUCGGAGCUUCUGAGAUGCGCCAUUUUCGCGCAUGGAGAUAACUUAUGCAUCCCCCAGCGCCUCUGACCUCGUCUCCGGCGCCUCCAUGCCGACAACUCCCACCGCCACCCGUCCCGUCAAGAUCAUACCAUUGCAGCACCCCGAUACGACUUCCUAUCGGUCUGGCGGUUACUCUUCCUCGUCCUUUAAUGGUGUUUUCUCGGGAUGGACCUCGAAAUUCAGGCGCAUGACGUUUGUUCAGUGGAUCGAGCUCUUGCUCCCUUGCUGUCGUUGGAUUCGCACCUACAGAUGGCGCGAUUAUUUCCAGGUUGAUCUCAUGGCUGGGACCACCGUUGGCAUCAUGCUCGUGCCUCAGGCCAUGUCAUAUGCAAAACUAGCUGGGCUUCAACCAAUCUAUGGGCUAUACUCUGGUUUUGUGCCAAUAUUCGUCUACGCAAUAUUCGGGUCAUCUCGUCAGCUUGCGAUUGGGCCAGUAGCAUUGGUUUCUCUCCUGGUCUCCAAUGUCUUGGGUGGAAUUGUUGAUUCAUCUGAUGAGUUGUAUACAGAGCUUGCCAUUGUAUUAGCAUUUAUGGUUGGAAUGCUUGAAUGCAUAAUGGGUCUUCUUAGACUCGGAUGGCUUAUUCGUUUCAUCAGUCACUCUGUGAUUUCUGGCUUCACAACUUCGUCAGCCAUUGUUAUUGCACUAUCACAAGCGAAGUACUUUUUGGGAUAUGAUAUAGUCCGAAGUAGCAAGAUUAUACCAUUAGUUAAGAGCAUAAUAUCUGGUGCAGAUAAGUUUUUGUGGCCUCCCUUUGUCAUGGGCUCUGUCAUGCUCGCAAUACUUCUGGUCAUGAAGCAUUUGGGGAAAUCAAGGAAACAAUUCCAGAUCUUGCGAGCUGCAGGUCCCCUCACAGCAGUUGUUUUAGGAACAACUUUUGUGAAAAUAUUUCAUCCUCCUUCUAUUUCUUUGGUGGGAGAAAUACCUCAGGGUCUUCCAACAUUUUCAAUCCCCAAGAAUUUUGGCUAUGCGAAGUCUUUGAUUCCAACAGCACUUCUCAUUACGGGUGUGGCCAUAUUGGAAUCUGUGGGCAUUGCCAAAGCUUUGGCAGCGAAAAAUGGAUAUGAGCUGGAUUCAAAUCAAGAGUUGUUCGGUCUUGGCGUUUCCAAUAUUUUGGGCUCAUUCUUUUCGAUAUACCCUACAACAGGCUCCUUUUCUAGGUCAGCUGUGAAUCAUGAAAGUGGAGCAAAAACUGGCUUAUCUGGGAUUAUAACUGGAAUCAUAAUGUGUUGUGCUCUUCUAUUCAUGACUCCAUUGUUUGAAUACAUACCCCAGUGUACCUUGGCUGCAAUAGUUAUCUCCGCUGUUAUGGGCCUGGUGGAUUUUGAUGAAGCUAUUUUCUUAUGGCGUGUGGACAAGAAAGAUUUUCUUCUUUGGGCCAUUACUGCCACUACAACAUUGUUCUUUGGUAUUGAGAUUGGAGUCCUUGUUGGGGUAGGAGUUUCACUUGCUUUUGUCAUCCACGAGUCAGCAAAUCCUCAUAUUGCUGUUUUGGGCCGUCUUCCAGGAACUACCAUCUACAGAAAUGUUAAGCAGUAUCCAGAAGCAUAUACUUACCAUGGAAUUGUAGUUGUUCGUAUUGAUGCACCAAUCUAUUUUGCAAAUAUAAGUUAUAUCAAAGACAGGCUACGGGAAUAUGAAGUUGUUGUUGACAAGUCAGCUAGACGUGGACUGGAGGUGGAAAGGAUUUACUUUGUGAUUUUAGAGUUGUCACGUAAGUCUUACUCUUUUGUAUCUUGUGUUUAGACUGUAAAGAAGUACAUAUUUUUUUGUACCAACACUUAAACAUGAGUUGCUUGCUUCUUCAAAGCAUGCUAUUGUUAAUUCUAUUCUGUAUGUUGUGAAUUCGUAAAUAACUUGUGUCUCUGUCUAAGUAUUCUCACCCUCUCCUAUGUUUAGCUCUUUUUUCCAUUCUUAAGUCUUUCAAAUUCCUAGUGGCCUGCCCUUGAAAUUACAUUUGUUGCUCACUGAUCACAAAA